AUGAGAAAAGACUACGUUCUGGAGGUCAGGAGCUCGGACGCCAAGUGUCCUGAGGUGAUCUAUCAGGACGACCGCAAGCGGACGAAAAGCACGGACGCCAGCGAGAUCAAGCCUCAAAAGUACAUGAAGUUCAGCGUGCGGUCGGCGCGACAGCACGACGGGACCUUGGCUCUCGUGAUGCAGCUCGUCUUGCUGGCUGCUGCAGUUUAUGCAUUAUAUAUUGCCAUCUGCAACGGGCAGAUGCUAGAGACAAUACUACGCUCGGUGCAGCCCGAGAAACCCAGAUGGGACGGCGUUUGGACUCUCCGGACGGUGCGAACGCUGGUGUGUCUUUUCUGCUACCAGGUGGUGAACUGGGGAUACGGCUCGCUGCUGGCGCAGACGGAAGAGAGCCUCAUAAUUAUUCCAAAUCUGGGCGUGCAGAGCGAGUCGUACCUCGUGCGAAAAAGCGGGUCCGCAUUGGUGCUUCUGCUGCUAAGCAGGGUUUUGGGGAAAUCGGAAUUAAGCAGACAUGGACACACGGCGAAGACGCUAAACAGACAGUUCUUCCCGAUGGAGGACGUGCAUGACCUAGCGAUAGUGGAGGGCUUCAAGAACUUCCAGGUCCUUUUCUACCUGGCUCUUGUGGUCAGGGAGUGUCCGCAAAACGAUCGGCUACAAAUGGUGGUGAUUUUCCCCAAUCUACUACCCAGGAAAAAGCUGUUGCAGGCUGUCUGGCGCAGAAGCCGGGCGUAUCUGGAUAAUUCGUAA